CAGCGGCCAUUCCUUCCUCUAGGGUACAGGGUCCAGUUACCCCUUCGGCAUGCUGGUCAUGCCCUCCCAAACAUCGCGUGUUUGCUGACCCACUCCGAAGCGAUCUUCGACCCAAACGCCAUAUGCCUUUUAUUUUUAGCUAUUUAUUUGGGCUCACCAGCACGUCAUCCAACAACCUCUCAUCGACGGGUUCAUGCCCAACUCUUCACCCCCAGAAGUCGGACACGGCCGAGGAUGUGCCAAAUCAAGCUCCUGCCGACUUCCAGUCCACAGAAGACAGAAGGCAGCGUCAGCUCCCCACACGGCCGCCGAAGGGCUCGCGAUGGUUCAUGAUAGGAACACAAACCAAUGAAAGAUGGAGGGUAUAUAGGGCUGGUCGAUACGACGACAACGAUAUGCCUCCGCUCGGUACUGUCGGAGAUUCAGAUGACGAGGAGGAUUAUUCUCGGCCGUGGCAUUCAGCCCGUGACUACGAGUACACACUAGCAUCCCCACCCCCCAGCAGUUCGGCCAACGACGACAACGAGAGCACUGAUGGCGCCGAACACACUGGCAGCGAAUCUGAUGGGGAGAACAGCGAGACUGAUGACGACACAGCCUCUGAUGUCAGCGAUGACGAGGAUGGCAACGACUCCUGGCCUGAACUGUCAGGCGAUGAUGCUGGUGUCAAUGAUGUCGACGAUGAUGAUGAAUCAAACAGCGACGAGGAGCCUGUGCACGGCGAAGGCACGGCAGGCCAGACCAGCUCCGACAAGGCAGAGCUCACGCGUGGCGAGGCUGCAGGCUCACCUGAGCCUGGCGCUGACUCCGAGUUGCAGUCUGACUCCUCGGAUGAUGCUAAGCCGGUGGAUGAGACACCGAGGACUGCGAAGCAGCGCCGAAUCCAGGCUGCACUUGCAGCCAUCGAGGCGUCCGGCCUCAAGCCCGCUGCCCAAUGGGAAGCCGAAGACGUCUAUCCGCAGCGCCGCCAAGACCUUCGGCAUCGCGCCGUCCACUCUGAACGACCACUGGAAUGGGAAGAAGUCGCGUGUCGAGGCGCACAUCCCACAGCGCAAGUUAAACCCCGCGGAGGAGGACGUACUCGUUGAGUGGCUCAAAGAGGUCGGGCGGCGUGGUAUGCCGCUCACGCAAGAAGCUGUCGUCGACCAUGCGUCGGCAAUUGCAGGCGUCCCCAUCGGAACAUCGUGGUAUCGCCGCUUCAAGAAGCGCCAUCCGGAGUUGGCAGUUCGCUGGGCGACGAAGCUUCAAGCCUGCCGCGCAAAGGCCCUCAACCGUCCGAAGGUCAC